UUCGGUUACCCUGGGAUACAAUGCAUGCGCUCCUAACCGUAGCUAGCUAGCUGAGCUUACACUUGCAAGCAGGCAGGAUGGACAUCAGCGAUGGAAUGGAGUUGGAAGGCUGGGAUUCAAAUAUGGAGGAGGAGCUGGGCAUUUCUCUGGAUGAGCUGAAGAAGUGGAUUGACGAAGCUGUGGAGAAGAGUGAGAUUGUGCAGAAGAAAAAGGCUCAGCUGACAGAGCUCAAGGAAUGGGUGGAGCAGAAAGAAGAAGAGGAGGCGAAGACCAACAUUCUUCUCAACGAUGCCAACAAGUCCAUAUUAGAGUGUGAGAAGCUUGUGAAGGAAACUUACAAUAAGAACGGCCUCUUAUACAUAGAGAGCAGCUCAGAUGAUGAGGGGGGCGGAGGCAGCGUGCUGUCCUCUGAGGUCAUCGAAAUAGACGAUGAUGAUGACGAUGAUGUCAUUGCUGUUGGCUGUCUGGUUCCUCCAAAGAAGCCCGUCACUCCUGGCAAAGAUCCAGCGUUAAAUGAGGCCUCCACCGUGCUGCAGAAAACAUCCCAGCAGGUGCAGAAGUUGGUCCAAAUGGUCACCAAGCCCUCACCAGGUGCUCCAUUACUGCGAUCUCCGUCACAGCCUCCAUCACUGUCAGGUAUUCAUGCGUCAGUGCCAGCAGUAUUUGUAUCCCAGGUCCAGUCUCAGUCCAUGACCCAGCCGAACCCAAAUGCGACAGAAGAUGAGCUUAGAGUCGGGAUGAUGAUUUUGGGAAAGAAACGCACCAAGACCUGGCACAAAGGCGCCCUUGUUGCUAUCAGCCCUGUUGGGAAUGGUGUAUUCAAGUAUAAAGUGAAGUUUGAUAAAGGAAAGAGUCUGCUGUCUGGAAAUCAUGUGGCCUUUGAGUACAACCCCACCCUGGAGAUCCUGUAUGUCGGUGCUCGUGUAGUCGCCAAGUACAAGGACGGCAACCUGGUGUGGCUCUAUGCUGGAAUAGUAGCAGAGAUGCCCAACAACAAGAACCGUAUGAGGUUUUUGAUCUUCUUUGAUGAUGGCUAUGCUUCAUAUGUGACACUACCUGACCUCCACCCAGUUUGCCGACCAUUAAAGCGUACCUGGGAGGACAUAGAAGAUGCAUCUUGUCGAGACUUCAUUGAGGAGUACAUCACUGCAUAUCCCAGCAGGCCUAUGGUGCUCCUAAAGGUUGGGCAGAUCAUCAAGACAGAGUGGGAGGGAACCUGGUGGAAGAGCAAAGUGGAAGAGGUGGAUGGAAGCUUGGUCAAGAUCCUCUUUUUGGAUGACAAGAGGAGUGAGUGGAUUUAUAGAGGCUCCACCAGGUUGGAGCCAAUGUUCAACCUGAAGAUGACCACCGCCAACACCCAGGAGAAGAAGCUGGCUGGUCAACAGAGGACACGACCUAACAUGGGUGCGUUGAGGAGUAAAGGUCCAGUCGUUCAAUACACCAGUGACGGACAUGUUGGAGCCUCUCCCGUCAAAACGCCGCAAGGCUCACCCAGCCAGCCUUCACAGUCACCACAGCAACAGCGUCCUCAGCCCCCACAACCUCAACAACCCCAACAACCCCAACAACCCCAACAAAUCCAACAAAUCCAACAAAUCCAACAAAUCCAACAAAUUCAACAAAUCCAACAAAUCCAACAACCCCAACAGCCCCAACAACCCCAACAACCCCAACAACCCCAACAACUCCAACAACUCCAACAACUCCAACAACUCCAACAACCCCAACAAAUUCAACAAAUCCAACAGACGAUCCAGCCUCCACAGCCUCCACGUAUUGACAAUAAACAUCAGAUGGCAAAGAAGAGUACCUCACCAUUUGUCCCAGGGGUGGGAGGCACUCACGCCUCCAAAAUCAUGAUGCAGUGUCUUUCUUCCAGUCCCAGCGACCUCGCUAGUGCAAGAAUUUUGAGUGUCCAAAGUAUUGCUCCACCCGCUUUCACACAGUCGUAUCAGAGACUGCCCACUCUGGCUGCUGCACCCCCUCCUAUGACCCACACGAUGGCCAUCGUCCCACAUCAGCCCUCGUACCGGGCCCCGACUGACCGCAUCUUCUACCUUGUGCACACUUGUCAGCCCGCAUGUCUGAAUCGUGUCCGACCUGCAAAGUCCGACCUGCACCAAGGAAAGAACCCCCUCCUCACACCUUUACUGUACGAUUUCAGACGCAUGACGGGACGCCGAAAAGUCAACCGCAAGAUGUCCUUCCACGUGAUCUACAAGGCUCCCUGUGGGCUUUGCCUGCGCAACAUGGCAGAGAUCCAGCACUACCUCUUCCAGACGCGCUGUGACUUUAUAUUCUUAGAGAUGUUCUGUCUAGACCCCUAUGUGCUUGUGGACCGGCCGUUCCAGCCACAGAGGCCGUUCUAUUACAUUCAUGACAUCACCAUUGGAAAAGAGGACAUCCCACUGUCCUGCGUCAACGAGAUUGAUUCCACCCCGCCUCCUGAAGUAGCUUACAGUAAAGAGCGUAUUCCUGAAGAUGGAGUAUACAUCAACACUAGUCCAGACUUCCUGGUUGGAUGUGAAUGCACCGACGGCUGUCGCGACAAGUCCAAAUGCUCUUGCCACCAGCUGACCCUUCAGGCUACAGGUUGUACACCAGGGGCUCAGAUCAACCCAAAUGCUGGAUAUUUGCACAAACGAUUAGAGGAGUGCCUCCCAACAGGGAUCUACGAGUGUAACAAGCGGUGCAAAUGUUGUGCUCAGAUGUGCACCAACCGCUUGGUGCAACACGGCCUGCAGGUGCGCCUCCAGCUCUUCAAGACCCAGAACAAAGGCUGGGGCAUCCGCUGUCUGGAUGACGUGGCCAAGGGCUCUUUUGUCUGCAUUUAUGCUGGUAAAAUCUUGACGGACGACUUUGCCGACAGGGAAGGUCUAGAGAUGGGUGAUGAGUAUUUCGCCAAUCUGGACCACAUAGAAAGUGUGGAGAACUUCAAAGAGGGCUAUGAGAGCGAGGCUCACUGUUCGGACAGCGAGGGGAGCGGCGUGGACGUGUCGAGGAUAAAAAUCCAACCAUCUGCUUUAGUAUCGGCAAGCCCUAUUGGGAGACUGCCCAAAAAGGGUGAGUCCAAGUCAAAAGCCCAAAGCCCAAGCUCAUCAGGGGACAGCAACGAUGACGAUGACAAGGAUUCAAAGAGCGAAGAGGAAAGUGACAGUUCUGACAACACGUUUGUGAAGGAGAACUACUUCAGCUCCAGCUCUGUGUGGAGGAGUUACACCACCCGUGGUCAGGUCAAAGGUAACAAGGAAGGGAGUCAAGACAGUAAAGAUGGAUUGAGCGCGUCAGCCAGAGGAACUGAUGACGAUAAGCCACCGUCCAUGCCAGAAGAGACGGGGAAAAGCAAAGUGGCUUCCUGGCUCACCAGCCAGGGGCUAAAGAAGGAAUCUGGAGACAGCAAGAGUCAAGUGAAGUCAGAAACAGGGAAGAAGCAGGAUGUGAUGACUCUCUCUGACAGUGAUGAUGUUCAGACCAUCAGCUCUGGAUCUGACGACAACAAGGAGAGAGAGAAAGUCACCCCGGGUGUGACUAAAAAGCAGGUGGCAGUGAAAUCAACGCGUGGCAUCGCCCUAAAAGGCGGCCACGGGAUGAUGGUGAAAACAGGUGCACCUGGAGGCGGGGGAGGGUCGGGAGGUCAUGGAGGAAAAACGGGACAGCAAGGUCAGACUGGAGGAGGUGGGGAGAACGCUCCCAAAAACACCCGCCUGUUCUUUGACGGUGAAGAGUCCUGCUACAUCAUCGAUGCCAAGUUGGAAGGAAACCUGGGGCGUUACCUCAAUCACAGCUGUAGUCCUAACCUUUUCGUCCAGAAUGUGUUUGUGGAACAUGACUUGAGGUUUCCCUGGGUGGCAUUCUUUGCCAGCAAGCGGAUCCGGGCCGGCACAGAGCUGACCUGGGACUACAACUACGAGGUGGGCAGUGUGGAGGGGAAGGUGCUGCUCUGCUGCUGUGGAUCCACCGAGUGCAGAGGAAGACUGCUGUGAUCUGCAGCCAUCAUUGACUCCAUCUAUAGGAGCCUUAGAGGAUCCCUUUUACCACCGUAACUUUGCUCCCUUUUCUUUUUUUUUUUUUUUUUUUUUAAGUUGACCAUUGUCUUUUAUUACAUCUGUUUUGUUGCCUUUAUUUUAUAUGAACUUGUUUCCUGUUUUGUCUCAUUUUAUCUAUGACGUUUUUCCUUUACAUCUGAAUAAAAUGCA